CUUCAGUGACGUCAGCAGUCGCGCUGUGACCGGCGCAGGCUGCUGAGCAAGAGACUUGAGGAACGAUCUGCACUAAUAGAUGACAUGUUACCGUCAUGUUAUCCCAAGCGCCCAGGGGUUGGAGUCGGGGUCGUGGUGACCAGCAGCGAGCACGAAGGUUGUGUGCUGCUGGGUAAAAGAAAAGGAGGUGACGGAUGCGGUUCUUUCCAGUUACCUGGAGGCCAUUUAGAAUUCGGGGAAACAUGGGAAAAAUGUGCAAUGAGGGAGGUGCUGGAAGAGACUGGACUUCACUUGAACAAUGUCUGUUAUGCUACAGUGGUUAAUGGAAUUAAAUUAGAAGACAAUUACCACUAUGUCACCAUACUCAUGAGAGGAGAAGUGGAUACAUGCUUCCCAUCGGAGCCUGUUAAUUUAGAGCCAGACAAGAAUGAAGGGUGGACCUGGACUAAAUGGGAAGACUUGCCUGCUGAGCAGCACCUCUUUGUUCCAUUAGCCUGUAUUAAAAAGCAAGGAUAUCACCCUUUUAGAACUGAAAGUACAAAAUAAAGGUGUCUCAUUCAAAAUACACAUUUGCAAAGUUCUAUGUUUAAUGUCUUGGCAUAAAGUGAUUUUUUUUGUUUUUGUUUAGAUGUCACUUUCCAUUCAUGUAAUGAAAUUACACUUCGCACUCCACUAAAUGUUAUUGGAAUAUGACAAUAAAUGUUUGAUUUAAUAUAA